AUGGCUAUCCAGACCCACAGGUCGCUGACAACAAAAGGUUCGAUAACUAGCCCAGGUGGCCGUAUCUGUCCGACUUUUCUUCAACCCUGGGACUUUCGAUCGGUCCAACAGCCUCUCUUCGAUGAGGUAUACCGCUUUUUCCACCCUUCCUCCGACUCAUCCCUGCGUGUAUUCCCGCCUCUUAUUGUUAUAGAAGACCGAGGACAGCAGGCCUGUACUCGCCCUCUGGCCAGCGAAGCUGAUUUAGUCCGAUAUAAGGAGGCGGAAGUUGAGAACCCUGUCAAAGAAGUAAUUGAUCGGUUGGCUCAGAUUCCUGCGGCACGAGAGACAUAUUCGAUCGGCGAUAGGAUAAGUUUAGAGAAUCAUAUGAACACAAUCACUGAGGAGCCAGGCCAGAGCCUAUCAGAGCAUACCCGCAGUGUCCGAGCGGACCAGAACUGCGUAUGCGUACGAAAUGGUAACAAGAGAUUACUCUAUGUUGUUGAAUAUAAAGCGGCCCAUAAGCUCCCAGACACUGUCCUGUGA